AUGGAGGUUCUCGGUUCAUCGCAAAAGAUGAUAGCGACACAGGAGAAGAUGGUGGAAGCGAAGGUUCCCCUUGCAUACAGGGACCAGUGCGCACACCUCCUCAUCCCUCUCAACAAGUGCCACCAAGCCGAUCUCUACCUUCCAUGGAAGUGCGAGAACGAGCGUCACUCCUACGAGAAGUGCCAGUACGAGCUCCUCAUAGAGCGCAUGCUUCAGAUGCAGAAGAUCAAGGAACGAGCCUCCCUUAAUCACUCCCAAUCCAAGGGCGCCGCCUUUCCCGUCAUCCCUAAAACUGCCAAUGCCUGA